AUGCGAGCGAUGGCAGACCAGGCUGCGGCGGCGGCAGAUGCCUCUCCAGCCCUGGCACCGUCCCCAGGCUCACCUCGGCACAGGGACACCGACGGGCUAAUGCCUCAUCCCACCAGCACCAGAGAGGACAGCGGCGGCCAGGACGGCUGUGGGCUCAUUUUUUCUGUGGAUGGGGACACGAAGCUUUCCCCUUCACCCCAGCCCGAGGGGAUGCUCCUGGCUGACCUCCCGCGGGCCCCGCAGCCCCGGCUGAGCCCGGCCAAGUCCCGCACGGCCCCGUCGUCCCCCAGUGUCUCCCCGUCAGAGAGCCGUGCUGCCCUGCUCCGGCUGCGUGACGCCAGGCUGGAGGACACCAAGAGGCGGCUGUCAGAGGCCGUGCAGGAGCCCCUCAGCCGGCUCAGCCGGCUCAUGGCCGAGGAGAGCAGCCCCGCGGCGUGGGCGAAGGCGGGUGCCGGGGGGCAGGAGGCGGGGGGCAGCCCCGGGCAGGUGGGGGGCCGCGGGGCUGGGGCCCGCCGAGUGCGGGACUGGAGUCCCUGGGAGCCCACCGUGAACUGCCGCUACGAGAUCUGCUCCUACGGGGAUGUGAUCCAGGUGGUGGAGGUGGCUCAGCGGGACGCCGAACCCCAGCUGCCACCCUCCCAGGAGCCGCCGCCAGCAGAGCCGGGGGGCACGGUGCCAGGCAAAGCCCUCGCCUCAGUCGCCCUCCUCGCCUACGGCUACUUCAUCCUGCCACUGCCGUCCUACGCCGCCGGCCUCUGCCUGGGACUUAUCUGUGGGCUGGUGCUGGGCUUCCUCGCCAUCCUCUUCCUCAUGCCAAAGCAUCCGCCAGUGGCACAGGGACCACGGGGCCACCUGCGCCCCAGGCUGCUCCCAGGAGAGCCACGGGAAACCCACCACCUCCAGGGCUGGAUGAACCAGCUGCACACCUACGACCCCGAGCUUUUCCACCCGUCACUCACGCACUCAGUGCACGCCACGCUGGAUGGAGCCACCCUCAAGCUCUCCUACCCCAAGAGCAACAUCCCACGGCGAGCCACCUUUGAGGAGGAAAUCCUCAACACCACCUUCAUCAGCCACCGCUGCUACGACCUGACCAAUGCCAAAGUCUUCCUCUGCCCCUCCAGCCUGGCCAGAAAGCGGACGUGGAACAAGAAGUACCCCAUCUGCAUCCUCCUUCCUGAGCCAGUGCAGGUGGAGUGCAGGAGCAGUGAGGAGCACGACACAGAGCUGCAGAGAGAUGAAGGGACAAAGAAGGUGCAAGGGCAGGACAUCCCGGGGGACUGCAGGGAGAGGUGCCUGUACCUUUUCGGGCGCACAGGGAGGGAGAAGGAGGAGUGGUACCAGCACCUCGUGCGAGCCUCCCGUGGGACACCCAGCAGCAACCAUGAUGAAGCUGGGCCAGGUGCGGGGCUGGCUCCACAGAGCAGCGGCAGCAGCAGCGGAGGGAGCACCGAGGACAUCCCCUCCGCCCUCCCACCCAAGGACCUGGCAGGAAGCGUCCGACAGAACAUUUUCCUGGAUUACAGCACCUACAUGGCCCGAUUCGUGCCAGCGCAGGUGGGGGGCAGCCCGGAGCAGAGCCCCUCUCAUGGAGCACUGGGCAGCCCCACACCCACAAAGGGGCUCGUGGCUUCCGUCCCUCCACAGCCCAGCGAGGCCGUGGCUGGGCGCAGCGAGGGGUGCAUGGCCUGGAUGAACGCGCUGGUGGGACGCAUCUUCUGGGACUUCCUCCGGGAGCAGUACUGGGCUGAGCAAGUCUCCAAUAAGAUCCAGAAGAAGUUGAGCAAGAUCAAGCUCCCAUAUUUCAUGAACGAGCUGGCACUGACAGAGCUGGAUAUGGGCACAUCCAUCCCCUCGGUCCUCAGCGCCUCCAAUCCCACAGUCAAUGACCAAGGGCUCUGGGUGGACAUGGAGGUCACCUACAGCGGCUCGUUGCAGAUGACACUCGAGACAAAGAUGAACCUCAGCAAGCUGGGGAAAGAAAGCACUGCAGAGGAGAGCAGCCCUGCAGAAGCAGGCCAAGAGGGGGCCAAGCCACGGCUGAUCCUCCUGGCAGACAGCGAUGCCGAGUCAUCCAGCGCUGGCUCCUCCGAUGAGGAAGAUGUCUCUGCCGCAGAGCCAGUGGGAGCCCUGGGGGAGCGGGUCCCACCACCUGGCACCGAGGGCCACGUCAGCGGCAACAGCACGAGCCGGAAGAUCCUGCGCUUUGUGGACAAAAUCGCCAAGUCCAAGUACUUCCAGAAGGCCACUGAAAACGAAUUCAUCAAAAAAAAGAUUGAGGAGGUUUCCAACACACCGCUGCUGCUGACGGUGGAGGUGCAGGAGCUGGCGGGCACCCUGGCUGUGAACAUCCCCCCGCCACCCACAGACCGUGUCUGGUACAGCUUCCGAGUCCCCCCUCAGCUGGAGCUGAAGGUGCGCCCGAAGCUGGGCGAGCGGGAGGUGACCUUUCUCCACGUCACCGAGUGGAUCGAGAAGAAGCUGCAGCAUGAAUUUCAGAAAAUAUUGGUGAUGCCAAACAUGGACGAUCUCAUCAUUCCCAUCAUGCGCUCUGGCCUGGAUCCUCAGCCACCCUCCGCGGGACUGCCCGGGGACCUGCUGGCCAGGGCAGAGAGGAGGCUCUGAAGGGCAGCCCCACGGGCAGGGCAGGGCCAUUGCACAGAGCUCAGGGACCUUGCUGGGCCAUGGGGCCACUGACUGCAGCCAGGUCUAUGCUGUGGGCUCUGAGCUUCUCGGUUCAUCUCAUCCUCAGCACUCGUGUAGAUGAGCCUCCUCCUCAAAUACCGCAAGCACACAUUCAGAGCAGAACCAGAUCCAGGGCAUGAGGUUUGCUGGAGACCCAAGAAAUUCGUGCACCUCCUACCAGGUUCCCAGGACUCCUGGUCAAGGGGGCAGCUUUGGACCAGUGGAGGGCUGGGCUUUCCACUAUCUGGUUCCCACAGAGGGUGCAGGACGCCCGGACCAGUUCUGCACUGAAGGAGUUGUGAUCAUGGCUGCUCCAAGACAUCACAGCUCCAGGAUGCAUCACAUCCUCCCCACAGGCA